AUGGCGUCAAACAAUAACAAUAACAACCAAUCCUUGACCCACGAACUUCUCUCGCGGGCUCAUAGUCCCGACAGCGUAAACCGCAUUUACUCCGAUAAGAUCCAACACAGGCCUCUUUUCCUUAAGCCCACCUCCCCACCACCGUCUAACGCCCGCGACGCUCGACGCAGGUCCCGAGUCGAGAAGCAGAAACGCUUGAAAGCCUUAAAGCCGAAACCCCUAUCAGCACGACAGCGACGGAAGCUUGGUCUCUACGACGUUCCCAAAUCUGGCCAAAAAUAUGCCGUAUUCGAGCCGCUGAACCAGCUAUGGCUAGGCUACAUCCGCGAAGUGCUCGGUAGCGAGCUAUACACCGGGGGGCAGGGCGCUGCCGCCAAACUAAGUGCUGCCGACUUCCAUGGUGCUAAGGUAGAAGUGUCGCGUAGUGGUUGUCCUAGUCGCGUUGGCAUACAAGGGAUUAUAAUCAAAGAUGCUCGCUUCGUCUUUGAAAUUAUUACCGCGAAGGAUCAGAUAAAAAUUGUACCAAAGGAGGGAACCAUGUUUCGCAUCAGCGUGCCCCCAGCGCAGCAGGAGAAUACUAUAGCAUCGGCCGAAGACCAGAAACCCUUUACCUUCGAGAUUCAUGGGGAUCAGUUUCAGUACCGGUCGGCUGAUCGCGCGAACAAGAAGUUCAAGCCGCAUUUCCUGAAAAGGCUUUAA